UGAGGGGGCCGAGUGUUGUUGAAAGCAGCACACGAGCGGAAGACAACCUGUCACAGUGGUCCAUGAAGGACGCUUCUCGUUCUGAAAGCGAGGAAAAUGCGAGAACAGACGACGAGGGCGGUGACAGUGAAUCAGAGACCACAACGGAUUCAAAAGAAGAAGAGGGGAGUUGCGCACAACAUGAAAGCGACAAUGUAAGCAGUGACGCGAACAAUGAUGAAGAAGAGGAAACUUCAUACUACAGCAAUGACGAGGACAGCCAGAAAUCAUGGAGUAAUUUGAAGAGAAAACGUGAAAGUGAAGGAACACUUGGAGGAGGGGUUGAAGGAGAGAACGUUGAGACGAACAAGCAGUUGGUGCGCAUGGAGUCGUCGUCGCCACAACCUACACUACGUCCGCGAGCGCAAGCAUCACGCGUACUUAUACUCCCGCUCGGGGGCGCGUGCCAAGCAUGGCUGGACAAUCUCCUGUCCAAGUACGGAGUGGUGGCUGCCGACUUGGAUACCAAGAUCAGUAGGGAUGAUAUAAAGGCGGCGUGGCAUAAGCAGUUCCAAGUAGAGCCGGUGGAGAUCAAGGCAAUGGACAAGCUGAUGGUCUUCGAACAAGGCACGCUGCCGAGUGUUGACUGGAUUGCCGAGUACGAACGCUUGACACCCGUCUCAAACAUUCAAAUGGGCUUCAAAGUCAUCAAACAUUACUUCAUCUCGAGGUCGUGUCCGGCGUUGGGCAAUGCCUUGACUCACGUUGAGAACACCCUGACGAUACCGACGGAGUUCUUUGACAAGGUCACGCAGAUUAUUGUGACGAACGAGAAGGCUAAGAACCUCCAUCGUUUGUUUGCGAUAGGCCCGAGCAGAGAUUAACAUCGGCCGAAAGUGGUCGUGGUCGCAGCGGCAACGCCAGUCGACCAAACUAGUGAGGCCGUGUCUGCCAAUGAAGGGGACAGACUCGC